UUUUUUUUUUUUUUGGAUCUCAUAGAUCUUGGGAUAGAACUUUGGGACGGUUUCCCUUUCACUCGAGAUCAUCCAGCCGGCCUUGAACUCUCAUCUUUGCCGGCCACCUUAGCUUCGUCCGCCCGGUUAGCGUAACAAGAAUAUUCCGAGACGACACUCGUGUUCUGGAUCUCGAUGGGUGAGGACGCAAGCACAAACACGACCAAUGUGCCACGACGUGGGUCGUCGGUCACUUCGCCACGCCCUCAGUUGACCGCGUCUAAGAGGAGCAGUUCCUUUCUGCUGGAGCAUCAGCAGUACCGCCCUCCCCAGCAACCGGAGGGGCGGUUCGGCAUCGACACCGUGGUCGAAGACCUAGGGAACAAAGUUCCUUCGCCGAGAAAGCCCGUGACUACUUUCAAUGGCAUUCCCUCUCCUGAGCACCCCCCUACCGUGGUGGAUGGCUUAACCCACACUUACUCGCACCCCAACUGUGCGCCCCUCCCUGGACAGAAAACGAGCCGCUUGAUCGCCACGCUCUUUUACAAUCCAAAUGCGUCACGGUCAUCCCCAGCCGGUCUUGGGACGCCGCCAACGGCCGCCACGUCCGAUGCUUCGGGGUCAGGAGCUGAUCUCCCCGCGAAUCUCGCCCCGACGCAGAACCCGGAAGCGUUCCCUCUCGAACCUCCCACCGCGGAGUCGGAACAGCUAGACCAUCUCUAUGGCUCAUACGUCUCGCCAAUGUGUAUCACAUCGUUCCUCCACCUCAUGUCGACCUUCCCCCUGCCCCAGGGCGAAACCGAAAUGACAUCGUCCCAUCGCUGCCUCGACAACCAGGAAGGCGCCAGGGUGGUGGAGCUGACACUCUCGCCUGCGCCGUCCACGGACUUCCUCAGUCUGAAGGACCUGCGCAUGCACGAGCUCAUCUACCGGUUCGAGAGGGAGUGGAGCGUUGACGUCGCGCUACAGUGGGAUACCCUGUGGAGGCGCUAUCCGAAACUGGUGGUCUUCGACAUGGACAGCACCCUCAUCACCCAGGAGGUCAUCGACCUCCUAGCCGCCACCAUCACGGACCCUCCCGACCUGGCCGCCCGUGUGGCCGACAUCACCCACCGCGCCAUGCUGGGCGAGCUCGAGUUCGACGCCGCCUUCCGCGAACGCGUGCGGCUCCUCAAGGGCCUGCCCGGCACCAUCUUCACCGACCUGCGCAAGGAGCUGGACGUCACCAAGGGCGUCCCCCAGGUGAUCAAGGCUCUCAAGCGCCUGGGCGUGAAGACGGCCGUUCUGUCGGGUGGUUUCCUGCCGCUCACCAGCUGGCUCGCGGGCGAGCUCGGCAUCGACCACGCCCACGCCAACGAGGUGGUCAUCGACGAGGCGACCGGUCGGCUUACGGGCGAGGUCAAGGGGACCAUCGUCGGCAAGGAGCGCAAGCGUGAGCUGCUCAUCGAGAUCGCCGGGAAGGAAAGGGUGGACCUGUCGCAGGUGGUAGCCGUGGGCGAUGGCGCGAAUGACUUGUUCAUGAUGGAUGCCGCGGGCCUGGGCGUAGCCUGGAACGCGAAGCCGAGGGUGCAAAUGGAGGCCGAUGUGAGGUUGAACAGCGAGACUAUGUUGGACUUGCUGUUCAUGUUUGGCUUCACUGCGGAGGAAAUAGAUCAGCUUAUUGCAUGAGGCAUUUUCGGAAACGGGACGGGGCAGGCAAAGGUGUCAUGACGAGCUGGGCAUUUCUGUGAAGUUGCAACCUCCUCUCAUAUCACCGACUUGAUUGGAUACCUCUCUCACGAAUAUAUACCUUUCUCUGUUUAUCAUAUCUGUUUCUUGACGCUCCAGCUUUUUUUCUUCUUCUUGGGACGUAAUUUGGCUACCAUUGGGGCGCCGAGACGGUGUCAGUCACGUUUACGGCAAUGGAACGAGAGCCAAAAGGGAGUGGGUGAUGCUCCUAACCAUCCGUCCUUCUACCUUUUAUCUACAAAUGGAAUUUCACACUUGAUUGUUUGCGGUGCUUGCACCGCCAGUCUCUUCA